AUGAGUUUCAAUUUGACGGCAAUUAACGACAGAAAUAAGUUUCUGAUGAAAACACUGCUAUUUGUGGCCAUAAUUAUCGGUCUGAUCACUGGUCCGGCCAUAGCUUUAUGGAAAGCAUUAAUAUUAGUGUUUGUCUUACAUCUCAUUACUGGCGGCUAUCGGUUCGCAUGGGUUUUCUAUAACACAGUUGGACGCGAUCUUAAGAGUCUAAUCCGAUUCAAGAGAACCCAAUUGUUUUUAUACAUAUUGAAGAGACAGAACGCAACGGUUCCCAAAUUAUUUACUAAACUUUGCCGAAAGCACUCAAAUCGGGUGCUCUUCUACUUCGAAGACCAGAAAUGGACGUUUGGAGAGAUCGACGAGUUUUCCAACAGAGUGGCCAAUUUAUUCCUCGAGUACGGCUACCAUCCCGGCCAAGAAGUGGCCCUUUUUAUGGACAAUAAACCAGAAUAUGUGGGCAUAUGGUUAGGAUUAGCCAAAGCUGGUCUCGUCACAGCUCUAAUCAAUACAAAUUUACGCGCCGAUCAAUUGAUCCAUUCGGUGACUGUUGUGAAGUGCAAGGCAUUAAUCUUUGGCAGCGAACUCAGUGCCGCUGUUGCCGAAGCCAUACCUGCGCUCAAUGGGAACGGAACGAUGCAAUACUUUUGCUUUGGAGACACGGAUCCAAAUGGUGUUAUUAAAGCCAAACCACUUAAACAACUUAUUGGCGAAAGUAGUUGCGAUAGACCUUCAACUUUGAACAGAGGCAACUUCAAUGAUCGAUUAUUUUAUAUUUACACUUCGGGAACAACUGGUCUGCCGAAGGCGGCCAUUAUUAAGCACAGCCGAUACAUAUGGAUGGGCUCUGCCAUCAAGAAUAUGAUUAAACUUCGAGACGACGACGUUUUAUACACUAGUCUUCCGCUGUACCACUUGGCCGGUGGCACUCUCGGCACCUGUCAGUGUCUCAUAUACGGCAAUUCAAUGGCCAUACGUAACAAAUUUUCCGCAUCAAACUUCUGGAAGGAUUGCAUUAAAUACAACUGCACUGCCGCACAAUAUAUCGGUGAAAUAUGUCGGUAUCUAUUGGCCCAAAAGCCUCACCCGUCUGACAAACAACACAACGUGAGGAUCAUAUUUGGCAAUGGACUCCGGCCUAAGAUCUGGAAAGAGUUUACCCAACGGUUUGCUAUUAAACAAGUGGGAGAACUCUAUGGCUCUACCGAAGGCAACGCUAAUAUAAUAAACGUGGACAAUAAGGAGGGCUCGUGUGGCUUUAUAUCACAAAUCGCUCCCUUCUUAUAUCCGGCGACACUCGUGAGGGUGAAGGAGUCGACGGGCGAACACGUGCGGGACAAGAGGGGUCUGUGCCUUAAGGCCAAGCCCUACGAAACGGGCGAAUUUGUGGGCAAAAUCAUUGAUUCGGAUCCGACCCGUGCUUUCGAUGGCUACGCGAACAAAGAGGCGACAAAGAAGAAGAUCAUAUACGAUGUGUUCAAUAAGGGCGACAAAGCAUUCGCUUCGGGAGAUCUGUUGACAAUGGAUGAGUUCGGAUACCUUUACUUCAAAGAUAGGACGGGAGACACGUAUCGAUGGAAGGGUGAGAACGUGUCGACAAUGGAGAUCGAGUCGAUUAUCAGUAAAUUGAUUCAUUUGGUUGAUUGCGUUGUCUAUGGUGUGGAAGUUCCCGGUUGUGAAGGUCGGGCCGGAAUGGCUGCCAUUCUUGACGAGAAAAACGGUUUGGAUUUGAAUAAGUUGUUGCAGAACUUGAAGAAAGUUUUGCCCUCAUUUGCGAUACCGGUAUUCAUACGAAUGUGCAAAUGUCUUGAGAUGACGGGAACGCAUAAAUUGCCCAAAAAUAGUCUCCAGAAUGAAGGCUAUGAUCCAAAUGAAUUCAAUAAUAAUUCUCGACUCGUGGAAAAUGAGUUCUCAUUAAUGGAUCAAUUAAUUGAUUCCGAGUCUCCAUCGGAGAGAAUGAAUGGCUCGCGAAUGUUUCCAUUCUUUCAACGGCCGAGUCUUUUAAAUGUCGUCCGCUUCCCAAACGAGGAGUGUUUCGACGCGAGUAACCAAAGCGGCACUUGUUAUUCGCCGAUGGAGUGUAAAAAACUUGCCGGAGUUUCCAGCAGUCCCUGCGCUCGAGGGCUCGGAGUCUGUUGUAUAGUGUCUCGUUCGUGUCAUAACACCACAUCCAAUAAAGUGGUUUACUUCAAGAAUCCCAAUUAUCCCAUGUCUGAUGGCCAAGCUGACUUUUGUGACCUCAACGUUAACAUAUACGAUACGGACGUGUGUCAGUUGCGACUCGAUUUCCUGGCCUUCGAGUUGGAUGCGCCGACUCUCGGCAAUUGUUUGGGCGACAAGUUUUACAUCUCUUCGUCGGGAUUCGCGCCGUUAAGUGUGCCCACACUUUGCGGCAUUAAUCGCAAUCAACACAUGUUUAUAAGUUUACCCCGAGAUUUGCCCGAAAGGUCGGCAACGAUAGUAUUUGACACGAACUCAGUGGGCGACUAUCGAUGGCACGUCCGGAUCACACAAAUUGACUGCAAUUUCCGAAACAAAAAGAAUUUACUUUCGGACAGGAAUUCGAGACAAUUCGGUGGCGCGCCUUACAUACCAUUCUUCCCCAGAGCUCACCCGCCCUUCUCACUGCCCGCACCCAUGGGUUGCCUUCAAUAUUUCACUCAAGCCUCGGGUACUAUCGAUAGUUUCAAUUUCGGCGAAUACCUAAAUAACAUGGAUUACGGCAUUUGUAUCGAACGGCAGCCCAACACAUGUCGGGUCACAUUCUCGGCCUCGGACUUCAUGUGGUCAAUAGACAGCACUCAGAGCGAUAGGUCGCGGUCGGGCACCGGCGACGACACGUGCGAUAACGACUACCUCAUGAUUCCGGGCGGUUCUCAGAGGGGAGACCACCCGACUCGCGACCGAUACUGCGGCGGACGACUCAACUACGCGCCCGAUAUGGUUAGCGACGCUCCCGUCGUGACCAAAGCCAACGGUCCGAUUGUGCUUCGCUUCCAUUCGGAUCCCUUCCAAAUCGAUCCCACAUAUAAGGAGGGCUUUCGGCUCCGGUAUGAACAGUCGUCCACCGAUUGUAUGCCUCAAUACAACGUUCCGCCGACACAAGUGGUCGCACAAGUGGUCGCUCAGUAUCUCAACAAAGAGUCAGACAUUCAGAGCAUUGAAUUGGAAAAACACGAACCGAUUGUCCAUUUGUCGCGGCCGUCGGCCCCACACGUCAGGAGUAAUGCCAAACAUUUCAAGUUUUGA